AUGACAGGUCAGCCAGCCCAGCCCCAGGGUAUCCUGAGGAUGAAGUGGCAGAGACUGUGCUGGUCCUUCACCUGUUUCCUCACUCUACUCAGCGGACAUCAGUCGUUCUCCCUGUCCUGCCAGGACUCUGAGUACCAGACAGAGGCGGGCGAUUGUGCUGCGUGUCCUGAGUGCCCACCAGGAGAGGAGCCCAAUCAGGAAUGUGGUUCCGGACUGGGACUGGGUACUGUGUGCCGUGCCUGCAGGCCAGGCACCUUUUCGACCAGCCUGGGACGAAGCCCCUGCCUGCCCCACACUGGCUGUGCCCGGCUGAGGAGGGUCAAAGCCCAGGUGGGGACCACGACUGUCGAUACUCGGUGCGGUGACUGCAUUUCAGGGUUUUAUGACCCCAGAAGGCAUCCAGACACAGAGUGCUGGCCUUGUUCUUGGGCACCCAUGGGCACACCUGGCUGUGGAGAGCCUGAAAUAGGGCGUGGGAGCCGUCAGCGUCGGGACGUGGAGCCUGGGAUGGGGCCUGAGGUCCACCCCCCAGAGAACAGCACCCAGGCCGGGGUGCCCGAGGAAGCCGCGACCCAGUACGCUGUCAUCGCCAUCGUUCCCAUCUUCUGUCUGAUGGGCCUGUUGGGGAUUUUGCUCUGCAAUCUUCUUAAGAAGAAAGGCUAUCACUGCACAGCCCACAAAGACAGCGGAGAUGAGGCUGGACUUGAGGGCAAGAAUGGGACCAACCCUGCCUACCGAAUGGAUGACCCCAAUGAGGACACCAUCGGGGUCUUAGUUCGACUGAUCACAGAGAAGAAAGAGAAUGCAGCUGCCCUGGAGGAGCUACUGAAAGAAUAUCACAGCAAACAGCUCGUGCAGACCAGUUACAAACCUUUGCCCAAGCUGAUCCAAGGCCCCCCAGCCGUACCCCACAUUUGCCAUCACCAGCAUCACCUGCACACAGUGCAGGGCCUGGCCUCCCGCUCCGGGUCCUGCUGCUCUCGCUGCAGCCAGAAGAAGUGGCCCGAGGUCCUGCUGUCCCCCGAGGCUGCCGCCGCCACCACUCCCACCCCCAGCGCGUUGCCGCCCCGAGGUGGCAGCAAGCCUGUGCCCAAGGGGAGCCGCCCGGGCGAGAUCACUAUCCUCUCUGUGGGCAGGUUCCGUGUGGCCCGAAUCCCUGAACAGCGACCAAGCCCACCAGCUCCAGAGGUGAAAACCAUCUCAGAGACCAGUGAGGAGGGGGAAGCGGCUGAAACUCCACCCCCUGGGCUCCCCCCUGAGAAUAGAGCCCUUCUGGGCACUGGUGGAGGGAGAUCCAAAUGGUUGAAAACCCCAGCAUCUGGGGCAACUGAGAGCAAAUCGGAGGAAAAUCGCUACGUGGUCAGGCUGAGUGAAUCCAACUUGGUCAUCUGAAGGUGCCCCUAUGAUCCACUCAGACCCAAGGCCCCGAGAGACGCUGGAGCCUGGGAGUUGGCAGCAACCUAAGGCCCCCGGGGGGCCGUCCCCCAGGCCCCCUGCACCCUGGGCAGCCCCAGUGAGCUCUGGGCAGUGGGCAGUGGCAGGGGAGAGAGCUCACUUCAGGCAACAUAUUUGAAAGGAAAAGAUGAUCUUGUCUAGGGAAGAGAGAGGGAGGGAGAUGCCCGUACUUGACUAGGAGUGGGCUGCCCUGGCUCCUUACCCUGUCCCCCAGCAUCUUCUCCGUGCUAGCAGCAAGCCCCUCCCUGGUCAUCUGGUCCUUCCCUGCUCUGAACAGGACACCCAAUCUGGCUUCCUGGGUCCUCAAAGAUGGGGUAACCCACACCCAAGUGGGGGGAUCUCCUCCCUAGUGCUUCACAGAUGGGACACCUAGCCCCAAGGAAGGGCCCUUUCCCCAGUGACCCACAGAGUGGACACAUCCAUCUCCCCAUCCUUCCCCAUGCAGGGGGGUUUCUAGGAAAACAAAGGGCUCAGCCUCCUCUUCCUCUCCCCUGUUCUUUAUCUCACCACUCCUGGCAGUCAGGGAAGACAGGGGGAAGACUGGAGAGUGGGGGCCCACUGUCACAGAAUGCUAGAGCUAGGAUCCUCGAAUCCAGGCCCCAGAGAAGUGUGAAGACAGGCUGAGAGGGAAGAGACCUUCCAGAGACCACACAGUGAGUGGCACAAGCAGGACUAGACCCGGGUCUCCCGACUCCCAGGCCAACAGCCUUUCCCAAUCCCCUGUAGUCCUUGGGGACCUCCUCUUGCCUCCCACAUUCCCCGCCACUCCCCAAGACCUGGCCUUCAUCUCCCAGAUGGAGCUUGUCCAUGGGUAGAGGUCUUGGUAUGGAUCUGAGGGGAAGGGGCUUAAACCCCAAACUCUGCCCCUUCACCUCUGAGAGCCCCAGUUAUCUCACCUAUAAAAUGGGAGAAAGUCUCUGAUCCUGUGACUGUCCCUGGCCGUGAGGCUUGGGGUCUGCUGAGAGGAGAGGCAGCCAGGGAGCAGAGAGGAAACCUCAGGAGACUUGGGUGCUGGGUCCAGCUUUGUGCCCCCUUGAGACUUGUGUGGGCCUGUUAAAUAAAGGCUGCACCUGCUGGUCUUUAAAAGGUCCCUUCCGGCUUUGACAUUCGGAACCCAGCUUGCCGCAUGUCCUUGUCCCACUCUUGUCCUCUGAGUCCCAUUUACUAAGCCUUUCUCUGCUCACUGAGCCACCGUGUCCCCCCCGGGUCUGGAUAGGAAACAAGUGUGACUUGGGGUGACCCUUGAGAGGUUUCUCCUGCAUUUCCCUGGGAAGAGCCCCCCGCCCUCCCCCAUUGUCCCCCCAUUGUCCCCUGUCCCCGCCUCCCCAGUGGAGCCGGCGGAGGCCUCUCUCUGCUGGGGGCAGGGGCAUUUUUGGGUACACGGUACAUCUCAGCUCCUUCCCUCCCCCCCCCCCAAGCUGGAUCAAUAGCUUUAUUAUAGACUCCCCAGCUAGCUGCUCUUCUUCUCUCUGCCCCCCAUUCGCCGCACCCAGGGCCAUGCUUCUGCACGAGUAGGGGGGGUGCCUUAAUGCAUGUCAAGCAGCCCCCUCCACCCCGCCCCCCAGGGGUGAAUGGCUGUUUUUAAAAUUAAAAACCAAACUUGUUGUGUGUUGUCAGCUGUAGUUUGGGGGCCUCUGUCCUACCGUGUCCCAUUUUCCCCUCAAAAAAAAGUGCUUUAGAAUCCCCAUGGCUGAAAGCCCCAGCCAGUGCAGUGGUGAGGGAAGGUGGGGGCUCUAGGUGCUGACCACCCCAGCUGAGACCCCCCCCCGGCUGCACCUCGUCGGCCUUCCCCAAGCCCCCGACUUGCUUUCCCCCCCAUCUGUCCCGUUUUCCCUGUGGUGUUCUCUGUGUUUGCUCCCAGGAGAGAAGUAUGGGUGAUUCAGGCAGUGUCUGGCGCCCAUCCGUCCCGUCUAUUUAUGUGGGGGCUGCGCAGGUCACAGCCUCUGCUGUCAUCUCCCCUCCCCUGGUGGGGGGUUGGGCCCUGAAGUUUGGGAACUCUUAUUUAUUGAAUUCGAGCCUUUCCUGUGUCUCCCGUCUACCCCUCAUGCAUCCCUACCCCCCCACCCA